AUGUACGGUUGUACGUCUAUCGCGUAGUCGGGUAUCUAUAAUUUACGUAAUUCGUGAUGCAACGAAUUUAUCAUCUUGCCUGACAGACGCCUUGGCCGUGCUUGUGACAGGCAUUGACGUACUUCAAAUAAUAACAGUGAUAUUGAUCGGUGAUCCGUACUUAUCCUAAAUCAGACACAAUUUAGUUUAUGAAAAAAAGGCUGAUGUAACGGAAUUUAAUUGAAGCUUAAUAAGACUGAAUGAAAAGUAUUAGGUUAUGCCAAAUCUUUCUUAGUUCCUACGGUUAUGUCUUUUAGGUUAUGUUAUUUUGAUAAGAAAAUAUUUUAUCGUGGCCUGAGCGCACGUAUACCAAGUACAGUUAUGCAAAUCCGGUUCGACUAAAUCGUGCUAAAUAAACAGCAAUUUGGAAAGAAUCAUGGUUAAUCUCAUGGCCGUAUCGAUGAAGCUUUCCUUAUCCAUAAGAAAAGAUCGGCAAGUUUGAUUUUAAUAGUUUCCGCCUCAGUUGAAGCCAUGGAUUAUGAAUACGUACCAUUCCAGAGGGAAAAAGAUAUACAUAAUAGAUGUUGCGGGGGAAAGUUUUGGUGCAUCAAGGAUAUAUGCGGAAUUAUUUGUGCCAUAUUAACAUGGCUAUUGAUAAUUUAUGCAGAGUUUGUAGUGAUGGCAGUGAUCCUUAUUCCAAGCGUAAAUACACUUUACGCUACUUUUAACAUGGCCAUAUUUCAGUCAUUAGCUAUUUUGGCAUUCGCUUCUCACCUUAAGACAAUGUUUACAGAUCCGGGUGCUGUUCCGAAAGGAAACGCAACCAAGGAGAUGAUUCAGCAAAUGGGAUUCCGAGAGGGGCAAGUUAUAUUCAAAUGUCCAAAGUGUUGUUCCAUCAAACCUGACAGAGCUCAUCAUUGUUCCGUUUGUCAAAGGUGUAUCAGAAAGAUGGACCACCAUUGCCCUUGGGUUAAUAAUUGCGUAGGAGAAAAUAAUCAGAAAUACUUUGUACUUUUUACUUUUUACAUUGCUGGCAUAUCAUUGCAGUCUCUAUUCCUGUGCGUCCAACAGUUUACCACUUGCGUUAGACAAGAAUGGAGAGAAUGUUCAACAUUCAGCCCCCCCGCAACAGUCGUGUUACUUUUAUUUCUAACGUUUGAGGCUCUUCUGUUUGCUAUUUUCACUGCAGUAAUGCUGGGUACCCAAUUACAGGCAAUUUGGAAUGAUGAGACGGGAAUAGAACAACUCAAAAAGGAAGAAGCCCGUUGGGUUCGAAACAGUCGAUGGAAGUCCAUCCAAGCUGUAUUUGGAAGAUUUUCUAUUGCCUGGUUUUCACCCUUCACGUCACCGUCAAAUGCCAAGACAAAACUCGAUUCUUAUUUAUAUUCUGUAUAAGUUAUUUAUAAAUAUAUAAACAUGUAUUUAUAUACAUAUUUAACUAACACUCUAA